UAUGUGUCAAAUUAGAAAUAAAAAAUGUCAGCAUGCUCACUUAAUUUUAACAGUCGAUUUAUCUGCAAAGCUAACAUUGUUAUCGAUAAGUUCGGUUGCAUCCUUGAACUGGAAUAACAAACCGCGCCACGACCGGCAAGUUGCUGCCUAACAAUUUAGCGAAGAACAAACAAAUAAAAUCCUCACCAUGUCCAACGCAGCAAUGCUGAGCUGCAAGUUGGCGCUGUUCAGACGCUGUGUCCGCGCCGUGCUCCUCAGUGUGGCAGUUCAAUUUCUGCUGCUGGCAAUAUUUCUGCUUUUCGUCAACUUUGAAUUGUGGCAUCCACUGCAAUGGGUGGCGGGAACCUUGCGUCUGGUGUGCAGCUUCUACACGUGGUUUGCCAGCAUUCCGCUUAUUGGUGCCGUCGUGCUCUACGGCAUUACGCUGUCCCAGCAACAUCUCGCCGAGCGUCGCUAUUGCAGUACUCGAUAUCGCUGGAUGCUCAACAAUGGACCCAGGAAGCUGUUGUUCCUAGGUGCACAUCUGUUGGUUGGUUAUCUGACAGCCUGGCUCUACACUGGCUACCUCCACAGUGACUAUCGUCACCUGCUAUAUCGUUGUUAUGGCCAGGAUUGUCUCAGCUCCUACCACGUCUAUCUACUCGGCAUGGGCAUUGCUGCCGGCUGCUAUUACUUUGUGUCCGUGCAUCUGCACUACGAGGUGACCAUCGACUACCCUAUCGUCGAGCAAUCGAGUCCAAAAAAGCUGCGUGAGCUGCUCUUCGCCACACUGAAGACUGCGCCCAUCAAUUCGUUGUUGCCCACGCUGAGCUAUUCGCUGAUAUUUGCACUGCUGGGUAGCUUUGCGAGGCAGCGCUUCAGCCACUUACUGGGUGUGGAUGCGGACGAUCGUCUAGUGAGCAUCUUGGAUGUGGCCAGUAAUGUGCGUUGUCUAUUCUACGCCUGGCUGCUCAGCUCUCAGAUACUAAGCAAUAUGCAUCUGAUGAAACGCUUCUAUGCCAUGCUGCUGUCCGAGGAGCUACCGUUGAUUGUGUCGCGCAAUCGUUUGGCCAGCGACAAACAGCCAGAGGUUACCGUUGUGACUGGCCUUGGACUCUUCAAUAUCUAUGUGGUACAAUGUUUAGCUGCGCAUUUCCUUUAUGCCGCUUCCAAGCGAAAGGAUUCCCCGGUGCGCCGAGAGAUCUUUCAGCUAACCGAGCCCGGCAAUCGGCCAGCCAAUUGGCGCGAACUUUGCGAUCAGUGUGUCAGUAUUGUAGGCAAUUUUACGGAUGAGCUCAAUGAUUCCAUGCGACAGAUUAGUGUGAUCAAAGGGAGCGAGCAGCAUCUCACAACUGCCCACAGUGACAUUAAUGCCGCUCUCCUGGCAGAGAAGGUGCUACUGCGUCAGUACAAUCAACUGUAUGGCAUUCGUUCAGCGGUUGCCCCAUCCAGUGAGACAUCGCCUGAGCCCCGCCAUCAGCAAUGGAAUGCAAAGCCACAAGAUGGCAUACGACACGUGCCCUCUUGGUGCGAACGUCUCUCCACGCAGUUAGAAGAGUCGUUACAACGCGUAUUGCGACGCAUUCCCGGCAUAGUUUAUCUAUUUGGCGAGUCCGAGGGCGCCAAGACACUGUUUCUUGUGGAGCACUCGCUGCCCAUUGUGUGGGUGACCCAGGCGCUGGCUCACAUCUGCGUCGCCUCGCUCAAGGAGGAUCGUUAUGGCGUUGUGCAGGAUGAUCUACCGACGAUUAUCAAGGCGCUUCAUCGCUUAAAGUGCGAACUAGAUAAAUUGAGCAGCAGCAACACGAGCAACUUAAAAGCAGCCACAGUCAGCUUCAAUUAUCUACGUUGUGCAGUGCGACGCAGUCUUUAUAAUGUCUGCAAUUCAUUCUAUGAUUAUCUGGAGGAUAUUAUGACACCAGGAGAGGAACUCCGUCAGCUGCAGUCCUUUGUGCAUCACGGAUAAGAAGUCAUUACUAUUAUUAAUAUGUUAUCAUCAUAUUCAUCAUUCAAUUGGUUUGCAUCUCUUUUUUCAGUAACAAUAAAAUUAUUAAAUACAGUUACAAUGUACAUGAUAUAUACACUUAUUGACUUUUUUACCUAGCUAUUUAUGUUAUUUGUAUAUAGUUUUAUAACACUCAAAUUGUUCAAAUCAAGCAGUGACAGGCGUAUCCAUUGUUAUCCCGAGCUGGUCAUGGUGACCGAGUUGCUGGAGCUUCCACCUGUGGCUUACUUAGUGAUUCAUCGAAAGCUCUAUCCACUUCGACCGCCACUGCAUCAACUUGAUGCUUAGCCUUUCGAUCGCGUCCGUCGACGAAGAUUUGUGUCUGCAGGAAGUUGAGGGCACGAAACGCCAUUCCGCCCGUGGGAUCAUAGAAUCCUUCGUAUGUUUUGGCAUUCCUUGCGCUGGCACUCUGAUCUGGCGUGUUGGGAUCGAAGGUAACGUACUCCUGCAGCGGCUCCUUGUGCCAGCUGAAGAUGUUGCGCGAGUCUGAGUAUAAGACAUGAUAUUGAAUAUGCUUUAAAUAAAUUGCAAAAGCAUCGCACCCAAGUCCGCCAAAACCCGAGUCAUUUCACGGAUUUGUGCAUCCUGACGCUCCAGACGAAAAUUCAUUUCCGUCAAUGUAUUCGUCAGCUGCAUCUUCUCAAACUGCAAUGCCUCGUUCUUCUUGUUCUCCUUGAUGGUUUGACGAGAGUAUUCGAAUAUCAAGAGGCCAGCGCCAAUCGCAAAGAUGAUGAAUUCUCCAAGCAGGUUGGCACCCAACUCAAUGGCCAUGGCCUCGUUCAGAGGCGGCACAGUGACAGGUCUGCCCAGGUUCAGGGCCCACAUCUUGGUUUUCACCUCAACCCAAUUGUAAACUAUCCAAAGUGAAGCGUUAAUCGGAUGUGGAUUAUUCAGUGAACCACUUACAUUGAGCCGGCGGCAUGCAAAUAUACUUCCUGAAGAAUGGACUCGACUUCGCAUUGGACUUAAGCACAUUGGCAAUUGGCUUGCUAAUCUGUUUUAUGGCCAAUACGCCAAGUUUGGCGGCUGGAAACACACCAAUGACCAUUGCUUACGAUCUUUUUGUAUUACAAAAU